AUGUUGGGCCGACGUGCAGUUUCCCUUCAUCGAUACUUUUCGCGGAGUUCACGACAGGUUUUUCUUUUUUUUUUUUCAUUUUCCAUCGAUUGAUUCCAGACAGUAAACGCUAUCGCUGUACAAAAAUGUGGAUCACGAAGAUCGAGUGAGCUUUUAAUUAUUUUUUUUUUGUCAAGUUUUCAAACUUUUAAGGCCAAGGAGUUUUGUUGCAAUCCACCGGAAUUCCAGCUUAUCAAGCCAAGGCCAACAUCUACACAACCACGAGAUGUGAGAGAAUUUAGUGGACUUUCAUUAUUAUAGUGCUCCCUUGGCUUCAAUCUAAGGAGUUUUCGAUCUAAAUCGCUUUUCCUUUUUUUCAAGUCUUACCCGUUUUUUAAUUUUGAGUUUUUCUUUUUCUCUUACCCCUCUUAUCCUAAUUUACUGUGUUUUAUCAUGAUUUGUGGAAAGUUUUUUUUUAAACUCGACUCAUAAUUGUAAAUAUUUUCAGUUUUUGACGUGAUCACAGUGGAAGGCCCUGCUUUCGCGGAAUCAAUUUCUGAAGGCGAUAUUCGGUGGAUCAAACGUUGGUAAAUCGUGAAUUUUCUGCCUCAAAUUGGGAUUCCAGAGAAGGGAGACUUUGUGAAGGAAGACGAGCUUGUUGCUGAGAUUGAAACUGACAAGGUUCUCUUUUUUUCUCUACUUGUUCAAUAAUGAUGUGAAUAUCAGUUCAAGAAGUGAUUUCAGACGUCGGUUGAAGUUCCGGCGCCUCAGUCAGGAACUAUCGUCGAACUUCUGGUCGAAGAUGGGGCCAAGGUGACGGCAAAACAGAAGUUGUACAAACUCGAGCCGGGAAGUGGCGGAGGAUCUGCUGCCAAGGAGGUUCGUUUCAUUCUAUUUUCGAAGUUCAUACAUCGCGGAGUUUAUUUUAUUUUUUAGUAAAUAGUAUUUUUCGACUGAAAGUGUCUUGUUACAAAAUGCUGUGCGAAAAAAAAAAAUUACAAAUAUUUGCAAUAUUUUCUUCUUAACGAGUUAGUGGUCACGUAUAUAGAUGACAUAAGAUUAUCCAUUAUUAUUUCUCAUUUUAACUUAUGCCGUGUUCAAAUUAAUUUCCGCGAAAUGCAAAAUACCCGUUAGAGAAAGGAAAAGAUCACUAAAUUUUGGAGAGUCAGAGAUCAUUUUGCAUUUCGCGGAAAUUACUUUGAACACGGCAUUAGAUCUAUCAGCAACUUUUUCGAAGAAAAAUUAGUAGAUAUUUUUUUUCUGUAAACAUUUGUCCGUACUAUCAUCGCAACUUCACGAUCUGUCAAAAAAUCAACUGAAUUAAAAAAAAACUCCAGAUUUAUGUUAAUUGGCUUUGCGAAGAAAAAAAAUACGUGCUGUAAAUGCAGAAAAAGUUUAACUUUCUUAUAGUGUCCUUUGUGUUGAUAAAUCGGAAGAAGUAUAUGUGUCUUUCCUAUUUAAUAAUUUUCUGUGGAAAUUUUCGAAGUUCUCUACAGGAGCCCAAAAAAGAAGUGAAGAAGGAAGAAAAGAAAGAAGAAAAAAAGCCGGAACCCGCCAAACAAGCUUCUCAAAGUGAGCCGCCGAAGCAGAAAACGCCUCCUCCUCCAAUGGCUGCUGCUGGUCGGUUUCGGAACUUUUAAGUAUAAUUUUUUCUUCAAAUUGGUUGGAAGUUCUAAGAAGAAGGUUUAGGCGAUAUCCCGAAACAGGCGCCACGAGUUCCGCAGCCGCCCUCCGGUCCUUCUUCCUCGACUCCUGUCGGCUCGAUUCCCGUCACUCGAGUUUCUGUUCCUCCGGGAGUCGCUCCAGAACACGCCAUCAGUGGAGCUCGUGACGAGGUUUCUCUCCAACAGCUCCUCAGUUCUCACGGAUAUUCUUGGAGGUUCGCGUCAAGACCAACCGAAUGCGCCAACGAAUCGCCCAGCGACUGAAGGACGCCCAGAACACUUAUGCCAUGCUCACGACCUUCAACGAAAUCGACAUGACGUUUGUUUUUUUUUCAUAGAAGGAAUGAUCGGAUUGAUAGAAAAGGAAAUUUUUGGUAGUAUUGAAUUUUUUAUUUAAUCGUAUUCUCAUUUGCUGAGCGUAAGUUAGUAGCAGUAAUUCGUUGAGACAUACAUUUCGAUUAUUUUUUAUUAUUUUUCGAGAUACGGCAUUUCACAGAAUUGCGUUAAAAGCUUUGAAAUAACUAAAUCUCGAUUAAAACUCAGAAAACCUAACCAAAUUAUGUCGGUAAAAUGCCUAACUUUAAAAAUGUUAUAAUUCUUUCUUUUUUUUGUUCAUCUUAGGUUUUUAAAAAUAAAGUUUUUUCUAAAUUUUUCGCUAUCUAAUUCACGAAAAAAAGUGCUACUUAAUGAGUCAAACUUGGAUUAAGCGGAACUCCAUGAAUAAUCCGGAAAAAAAUCUAUAAAAAAAUGAGAAAAAGUUCAAAAAUAACUUUUUUUCAAUUUUUUUAAAAGCUCGAAUUUAUCAAACAUGGGAUCAGCAUUGAAAUCGCAUUCAAGCUUUCUCCAGGAGGAAAAAUUUUUCACCUCGAGAAAACUUUUAUUUCGCAUUUUUGCUCACCCUUUUGUUUUUUUCCUAAGGUCGAAAUAUGUAAUGACGAAGUAGGGUAUUUUUACAAAAGUGUGUAUGUUUUUGUUGGUAGAUCCCUCCGGUCUGGUUUUAAAAAAUAUCGAAAUUGUUAUAAUUUGUAAAAAAAAAAAUGUUGCGCAAUUAUUUCGAAGUUACGCAUUUUUUUUUCUUUUGGAGCGUCGUAGCGACCCGAUUAUGUUUUCUGGACAUUAUACAUAAGCGUUUCAUCACAUAUAGUUCUGAACGGUAGAUGUGAGUUAUUAUCUUUGAAAAAAAAAGUUUUGUAUUUUAAUACAUAGCCAACUCUCUCUAUAGAUUUGGAUGAAGAUAACUGACUUUUUUUCAGGAACAUCAUGGAGAUGCGCAAGACCUACCAAAAGGAGUUCCUUGCCCGCCACGGAAUCAAAAUUGGGCUGAUGUCUCCAUUUGUCCGCGCCGCCGCUUACGCUCUCCAGGAAUCGCCUGUCAUCAACGCUGGUAAGACUCCGUUUUCGACCCUCAACUUUUCCUUCCUUCGACAAGUAAUGUUCCGUUGGCUUUGCAGUACUUGACGAGAACGAAAUCGUUUACCGUCGCUUCGUCGACAUUUCCGUCGCUGUGGCCACGCCAAAAGGUCUAGUCGUGCCGGUUCUCCGGAAUGUCGAGAGCAUGAACUACGCACAGAUUGAACAGGAACUUGCCAAGCUCGGAACCAAGGUUCUGCUUCAUUUUUGUGCCGGAUUCUCUGAGUUCAUUUGUAAUUUUUACAUUUUUUGAAUAGGCGGGUAUUACUUGUCAAUAUAGUAAUCUUUGUCUUUUUUCUUUUUAUCAGAACCGGUUUGUGAUUGAAAAAGAUGAUAAUGAUUAUCAAAAACCAAAGAGUUAACUCAAGAGCUGAAUAGUGUGUCGACACAAUUGGCAAGAAAUUGAUCAUUUUAAAUUGGGAAAUUUUUUUUUCUGAUAGCUGAAUGAACUCUUUAUUUAAAUUUUCAGCGACGCGAGUCCGUUUAAAAUGUUUUAACGAUGUAGUGAAAGAGCUUUUUUUUUGUCACAUUCCCAUUGAGAAAGAGUCUGAGAUAUAAUAUCCAAUUUGAGGCUCGCGAUAACAAGCUUGCCGUGGAGGACAUGGAGGGAGGAACUUUCACGAUUUCCAACGGCGGCGUCUUCGGAUCGGUCUUCGGUACCCCGAUCAUCAACCCGCCUCAGAGCGCCAUCCUCGGAAUGCACGGCAUCUUCGACCGCGUCGUCGCCAUCAACGGAAAGGUCCUCCUUCGCCCAACUCCUCCAUGAAAGCUGAAUUUUCAGCCUGAAGUGCGGCCGAUCAUGCACGUCGCCUUGACCUACGACCACAGACUCGUCGACGGCCGAGAAGCCGUCACGUUCCUGAAGAAGAUCAAGAACGCCGUCGAGGACCCGAGAACCAUUCUCAUGAACUUGUAG